AUGAUCCCUGUAACCGUGAAUGAUAAAUCAUUUCCCGGAGUUCUCGUCGAUUCAGGCUCACCCCUUGAUUUCAUCGACCUCGACACGGCGAUCGAACUAAAGGCAGAAUUACAAGCACUUGCUAAGCCUAGCACACUUACCUUCGCUAAGAAAGGCGAAGUCGACCUGGUAACACACAAGGUUACCCUUAAACUAGAAAUGAAUGGUUACAUUGAGUACAGACCCUUCGUGGUUUAUCCAAACCUUCAUGAUAAGAUCCUAUUAGGACGCCCGUUCAUCAUCGACCAUCACCGGCGACUCGGACUUAUACAUCCGCUGAUGCAACUCCGGCCAAAUCAAACCGUGAUCGAGAACGACACGAAGUACGAAGACAUUAGUCUCGCAGAACUCGAAAGAGAAUGUAAAAAACAUAAUAAUGUUAUACUGACUCUCCUUGUGCAAAGGAUUGAGUACGACGAGGAUGCACAUCCAGGCAUAGUCCCUGUUGAUUUCGACCUAAAACGUUUUGAUGACGUUGUAACGGACGCGUUACCCGCAGGUCUACCUCCUGAUAGGAAGGUAAAGCAUCGAAUUACUCUCGUCCAAGGUUCUACCCCGCCGCACCGACCUCCGUACAGAUUGUCACACAAAGACAAACAGGAACUAUCUACGCAGAUUGAGACUCUAUUGAAAGAUGGACGAGUAAUCCCGUAUGGUUCCCCUUAUGGAGCACCCGUGAUCUUCGUGCACAAGAAAGAUGGUACCAAACGCUUGUGCGUGGACUAUCGUGCAUUGAACUUGAUCACCAUUAAAGAACGAUUUCCGCUACCCUUAAUUGAUGAUAUCUUUGAUACCAUUCAAGGUGCGAAAGUCUUCAGCUCCCUUGAUCUUCACUCUGGGUACCACCAAGUGGCAAUCGCGGAAGAGGAUUACGACAAAACUGCGUUCGUAACGCCUUACGGUCAGUACGCGUGGAGAGUAAUGCCUUUCGGUCUAACGAAUGCUCCGGCUACGUUCCAAAGACUUAUGAAUGAAAUAUUUCACAAGAUUCUCAACAAGACCGUGGUUGUCUAUCUAGACGACAUCCUCGUUUUCUCGAAAACGCAGAAGGAUCACAAGCGCGAUUUAGAAGAGGUAUUUAAAAUCCUCCGAGCAAACAAUCUCAUCGCUAAAAGAAGGAAGUGUUACUUCUUCCAAACAAGGUUGAAUUUCCUUGGACAUGUGAUCAGUUCGGAAGGAAUUUCCCCGAACGAAGACAAGAUAAAAGCCAUAAGAACUUGGCCAAUCCCGAAAUCAAAAAAGGAGGCAUUAAGCUUCUUGGGAUUGACGACAUAUUAUCGUCGUUUCAUUGAGAAAUACGCUCAUAUCGCAGCUAGUCUAUACGACUACACCGCUGAAAAAACUAAAUGGACUGAAGAACAGACAAGACUGUUUAACGAGCUCAAGGACAGAUUAGUUUCUGCUCCUAUAUUAAUAUUACCAGAUCCAAAGCAGAAGUAUGUCGUUUACACUGAUGCAAGUGAUCGCUGCAUCGGUGCCGUCCUACAACAAACGGAUAAACAUCACAAACUUCUUGGAGUCGUUGCAUACGAGUCAAAGAAACUCAGUGGAGCGCAAUUAAAUUACCCGGUACGCGAAAAGGAAUGCUUAGCAAUUCACUACGCCCUUAAGAAAUGGCAACACUACUUAAGUGGGACAAACUUCAUCGUAUACUCUGACCACCAGUCCUUGAAUUAUAUUCGCACGACACCCCAUCAGAAUCCACGUAUUUUACGUUGGUUAGAAUUCUUCGCACGGUUCGACUUUGAAAUCAAAUACAUUCCAGGACCCAAAAAUGUGGUCGCUGACGCUCUUAGUCGCCAACCUCAAACCAUUCAUACGGUAAAUCGAAUCGGCUUACUAGAAGAACCUGACGUGUUGAAUUUGGAGGUCAUGAAGGAAGAAUACAUCAACGAUCACCAGUUCGUCGAUGUCUACAAAAUCUUAAUCGAAAAGCAACCUAUUGACCCACAAUUAAAAAUACAAAACAAACUUCGCAAGUACACCGCAUGCGAUGGCCUUUUACGCUACGCCAUCUCCACGCACGACAAUCCACGACUAUGCGUUCCGAUCGGGGUUGUGCGUCGCCUCCUAUUACGACAAGCACACGACGCGGAUUUGAACAAUCACCCCGGGGCAUUAAAGAUGUGUGAGACCUUGAGCAGACAAUAUUACUGGGCCAACAUGCUCAAAGACUGUAAAGCUUACGCGAGAACAUGCGAAGUCUGUCAACUAACGAAAACUGCCACACAAUCUCCAUACGGCUUAAUCAUGCCAAUGCCCGUCCCGCAACAGCGAUGGACAGAAAUAUCAAUGGACUAUAUCACAGGUAUGGAAAAGUUAAAGAACGGAAAUGAAAAGGUCUUAGUGGUCGUCGACCGCCUUACCAAAAUGGUACACCUUAUUCCGACCCCGUUAGAACUCAAUACUAAAGCACUUUUCAAUAUAUUUAUGAAAGAGGUUGUCCGAUUACACGGAAUACCAGAAGCAAUAACAUCUGAUCGAGAUCCGACCUUUACCAGUCACAUGUGGAGUGUCUUCUCACACUUCCUAGGGAUCGACAGACGAAUGUCUACUGUCAACCACCCACAAACGGAUGGACAGACGGAAAGAAUGAACCGAGUGGUAGAACAACAAAUUCGCGCCCUACGACUCACGCACAGUGACCUCAACUGGGAAGAACUAUUACCUAUUGCCGAGUUCGCAAUCAAUGGGUCAUAUCAAACAACCAUUGGUACUACACCUUUUUUCGCUAACUACGGAUUUCACCCUCGUGUUCACUUCAAACUUCCGUCUGAUGACGACGUUUCGCUCGACGAAACCAUAACCUUAAAUGCUAAAGACGUUCUACGAUCACAUACCACUGUACUUUACCAAAUUCGAGAGAAUAUGGCACAGGCCCAAGACAGCAUGGAAAGACAUGAAAAUCGCCACCGACGUGAAUUGAUCUUACACCCUGGUGAGCUAGUGGCUAUCAAACGCAAACAUCUAUUUCGUCUGGACUCUCAAACCAAAUGGUUACACCCUUACGUUGGACCGUUUACGGUGGAACGACGUAUCAACGACAACGCGUACGAAAUCAGGCUCCCACCUGAUAUGCCAACGCACCCAGUCAUUAACGUCGAAAAUCUUAAACCAUUCCUCGAACGAGACCACGAUGUUUUGCACAUACCGCCAUACUCACCACUUGAUUUAGAUCAACGAAUCAACGACAUCACUGAAAUUACUAAAGUCGACGAUUUGGGAAUCUUCAUACACGUACGCUGGAAACACUGUGAUCCUGUCUUGACCACCAAAGUUCAUAUUGCUGCCUAUCGAAAGAUAGCCCGUGAGAAACGCUGUCAACUCGAACAAGCGUACAAUCACAUGAAAGAACUAGACAAACAGUUUCAUUCUGAACUCAGUUGGGAUACACCUCCGGACAGAGGCCCAACACCUCCGCCAACAACAAUGCCUACGCGCAGGCUUCCAUCAAUCCAUGAACCUGCUAUCGAUCGAGGACGACCGAGAUCUAGGAGGGGGAGAAUGUUUAGGAGAGAGAAUCAGGUCACGUGCAAGACAUUGAAUGGAUCAUAUGACGUGCGGUCAGGAGACGCGCGCGAUCACGAGAUAUAA